CAAUCUGCUGAGAGUGAGAGCGGAUAAGUAAGAGAGUGCAUUCCGAAGAAGGCAAAGAGUAGCAAAGCUGCAUAUACACUGAGGAAAUUGCAUAUAUCAACCAAGUGUAUGCACGUAAGAGAGAGCAAUAUAGCGCACCGCCAACGCGAUCGUGCGUCCGUAUAUCUGUUUUUGUUGGUGUUGCUUGGUUGGUGAGCGCAGCAGCGGUAUUACUUCUCUCAGCGCCGCACGGCGUCGCCAGUCGUGUCUCAACAGUCGACAGCAGCAGACGUGUGGCAGCAGCAGUAGUAACGCUUUGUUUCGCAUCUCGAAGAGCCAGCUCCCAUAAGAAAUACCCUAACUCUGUUCUACACUGAGCGAAGAACCGUGUCAAUAAUAGCAACUAAAGGUGUAAUUAUAUGUGCGUUGGUACCUCCAAUUCUCGAAGGAACAACGUGACAACUUAAAGGGCUUCAUUUCGAGUGUGUGUGUAUCAAAUGACUGAUGUAGCGGUUAUAAAAAUAUUUCAAGAUAGUACAGUGGCAGUCUGCUGAGAGUGAGAGCGGAUAAGUAAGAGAGUGCAUUCCGAAGAAGGCAAAGAGUAGCAAAGCUGCAUAUACACUGAGGAAAUUGCAUAUAUCAACCAAGUGUAUGCACGUAAGAGAGAGCAAUAUAGCGCACCGCCAACGCGAUCGUGCGUCCGUAUAUCUGUUUUUGUUGGUGUUGCUUGGUUGGUGAGCGCAGCAGCGGUAUUACUUCUCUCAGCGCCGCACGGCGUCGCCAGUCGUGUCUCAACAGUCGACAGCAGCAGACGUGUGGCAGCAGCAGUAGUAACUCUUUGUUUCGCAUCUCGAAGAGCCAGCUCCCAUAAGAAAUACCCUAACUCUGUUCUACACUGAGCGAAGAACCGCGUAACUUUCAAAUCCAGCCAUGAACCCAGCCGCUCAACUGCUGCGCUUGCGCAGCGCUACCGCAUUUGGAAGCGCCGCAACGCGCUCCAUCACGACGAACCGGCGCCAGCGGACCACCAGUACCACCAGCGCCCAGCGGGAGCGGACGCAGAGCGUCAGCGAGACGGACAAGUUCCUGCACUACAGCCCCGAGGACGGCUACUACAAGACCUCGCCCUUUGACCCCGUCACCAUUCCCAACGUACCGCUGCAUGAGUACGUGUGGCGCGACUUCAAAAAGUGGGAGCGACGCACGGCAGCGGUUUGUGUGAUGACCGAUCGGCAGUACACUUUCGCCCAAAUGCGAGAUGCCAGCGCCGCUUUCGCCGUUCGUCUGCAGACCAAGUUCAAUCUCCAAAAGCCCGACGUUUUGGCCAUCUGUCUGCCGAAUCUUCCCGAGUAUCCCAUUGCCACAUUGGGCGCCAUUGAGGCGGGACUGACGGUGACCACAAUGAAUCCCGUCUACACGCCGGACGAGAUCGCCAGGCAGUUGACCUUUAGCGGAGCCAAGUUCCUGGUGGGCACGGUAUCCGGAUUUGCCACACUGAGCCAGGCCAGCAAACUGGUGGGCAGGCAGAUACCCAUCGCCGUGGUGCGAACCAGUGCCGAGGAGGCCCUGCCCGAGGGUGCCAUCGAUUUCAGCGAGCUGACGAGCACCCAGAAUGUGCGUUACGAGGAUCUGAAAGCGCCCAAAGAUGCCUCCGCCGACGAUAUGGUCUUCCUGCCCUUCUCCUCCGGCACCACUGGUCUGCCCAAGGGUGUGAUGCUCUCGCACAACAACAUCACUAGCAACUUCGAGCAGGUGCAGGCCUCCCUGCCACUGGAUGUCAUGGGUCCGCAGAACACGUUGCCGGCCGUCCUGCCAUUCUUCCACAUCUACGGCCUCAACGUGGUGAUGCUCUCGAAACUGGGACAGGGCUGCCGACUGGCCACCAUGCCCUGCUUCAAGACGGAUGACUUCUUGAGGUCGCUGGACAAGUACCAGGGCAGCAUCCUCAACUUGGUGCCCCCUAUUGCCCUCUUCAUGAUUAACCAUCCCAAGCUGACGCAAAAAACAGCGCCUCACUUGAAGGUGGUGAUGAAUGGAGCGGCCCCAAUUGGUCCGCACGAUGUGGAGCGCUUCCUGAACAAGUUCCCGAACACUGUUUUCAAGCAGGGCUACGGCAUGACAGAGGCUUCCCCCGUGGUUUUGCUGACACCGGAGGGCAACAAGGUGUACGCCUCGACCGGAGUGCUGUCGGCCAGCACGGAGGCCAAGAUCGUUCCACUGGAUGGAAGCGAUGCCAAGGGCGUUGGUCCGCGCACCACUGGCGAGCUGUGCGUCCGUGGUCCCCAGGUGAUGGCCGGUUAUCUGAACAACGAUGAGGCCAAUCAGGUCACCUUCUAUCCGGGCAAGUGGCUGCGUAGUGGCGACGUGGCCUUCUACGACGAGGACGGUCUCUUCUAUAUCACGGACCGCAUGAAGGAGCUGAUCAAGGUGAAGGGUUUCCAAGUGCCACCCGCUGAAUUGGAGGCAGUGCUGCGCGAUCACCCCAAGAUCCUGGAGGCAGCCGUCUUUGGUAUUCCCCACGAAUUCAACGGAGAGGCACCACGCGCCAUUGUCGUCCUGCGGCAAGGGGAGAAAGCCAGCGCCGAGGAGAUCUCCGCCUACGUGGCCGAACGGGUGGCCCACUACAAGAAGCUCGAGGGCGGAGUGAUCUUUGUUGACGAGGUGCCCAAGAAUCCCACCGGCAAGAUCCUGCGCCGCGAGCUCAAGGAGAAGUUCUCCGACUAAGUUCCCAGAGGACGGAUCUUCGUAGGCUAAGAAACAUUUUUGUGAUUUUUUUUUUGUUCGUCGCAAUCAGGAAUGGUACACGGACAAAUGGAGGUCCUAAAGCGAUAUAUAAACAUAUGCGUAUUUAUAAAGUGUAAUAUGUAUGCGUGUACUCUAACCUUUGAUUAUACUUAAUGACGCAGUCGAUAUUUUGCUAUGAUGUUCCCCUAUUUGCAUUUAUCAAUUUUUUUUUUCCUAUUACCAUAAGAUUAUUGUUUGUUGAUCGUAUUAAAAGAUGGCGGCAUGCCAAAAGUAAUACUUUAAAUGCCAUGUAUGCCACGAUGUUUAAAAAUAAAGACGAAAUGAACCAGUUGAAA